AUGCCACCGCGGCCCCCGCCUCGGCCGCAGAAUCUGAGCCUGAGUAUAACCAACCCGCUCGUCCUGUACCGGGCGCUCGUGGCGACCAAGAAAAUCAGGCCGGACCCGGCGCAGCACAGGCUAGCCCUACAGCUGCAGAAGCUCUACUUUCGGCUCAAAGACUACUCUCCCGAGGUCGAGUACAGGUAUCGCCUGGAGAAGAUCGGGCGAAGCGUGGGACGAUCACGGAGGUCGACGACGGCAGCAGCAGCAGCCGAUAAUCCUUCAACCUCGUCGUCGUCGUCGUGGAGCGACAUCACGAAAGAAAGUCCCACCCGCGACGGCGGCGCCCGGGAGAGCUCCUCCCCGAUCACUCAGCAUGGACGGACCGCCGCCGCCGCCGCCUCCGCCGCGAAACGGGGGAAAGGCGUCUGGUUGUCGAGUCUGGCGGUGCUCUCGGCUCGUCUUGACCCUUCGAGUCUCGCCCUGACGACGACGACGCCGCUCCACGCGUCGGCGUUGCAGAUCGACUCGCCGCUCGGGUUGCUCUUGUACGGCGAGGUCGGCCGUGGCAAGUCCAUGCUUCUCGACCUCCUUUACGACAGCCUGCCGUCGCGCAAGAAGCGGCGAUGGCACUUCAACACCUUCAUGCUGGACGUGUAUCGGCGCAUCGAGCUUGAGAGGAUGGAGCGUCUGGCGUCGUCGUCGCCGGCGACUGCUGAGCCUGGGGGAGGGAGAAGACGGAGUCUGUUCGGUAGUGGUGGCGGCGUGUCGGAGCACGAACAUGUCGUCCUGACUUUGGCGAGGGACACGAUUUGCGACAGCCCGAUCCUGUUCCUGGACGAGUUCCAGAUGCCCGACCGGACGGCGAGUAAGCUUGUCGGGUCGUUCUUCACGAGUUUCUUCCACCUUGGAGGCGUGCUCGUGGCGAGCAGCAAUCGUAUGCCCGAGGAGCUGAGCAAGGCUGCGGGGAUCGAGUUCGCGGCGUUGCGGAGAGGUGCGGCCGGACCGGCACGAGGAGGCUUCUGGGGUCUGGGAUGGGGAAUGAGUCGCGAGAGCGAAGGCGAGAGAAGCGCAAAGACAGAUUUUGGGUUGUUUCUGGAUGUCCUCAGGGCGAGGUGCGAGGUUUGGGAAAUGGAAGGGGAAAGGGAUUGGAGGAGAGAGGUCGAGGACGAUGUUGGAGAUGAAGGUCUGGCGGCGACUAUCAUUAACCCGAGCGACGCCACAGAGUCAGAACUAGCAAAUGUCAAUGCGAACGGAAGACGCAGAAGCGGUGGUGGUAUCGCUGACAGUGAUGACGCCCACGUCGAUGGUAUCCCGACGACGGGCGAAGCGAGUCUUGUCGCAGCACGCUCGACGACAGACAUGGUGGCCGAAACGAUGCUGUCCUCGGACUCGCCACCCCAUUACCACGUAACGAUUCCGUCGGCACCCUCGUCGUCUUUCGAGACGGACCUACGUUGUCUGAACCCGCGCGACGAAUGGACACCCACCACCCUCACAAUCUACGCGCGGCAAAUCCACCUCCCACACACGUACCGGGGAAUUCUCAAGUCGUCCUUCUCUGCCCUCUGUGCCACGUACCUCGGUCCGGCAGACUAUGUGUCGCUAUGCUCGACCUUUCACACGCUGGUGCUCACGGAUGUACCCGUACUGACGUUGACGCAGAAGAACGAAGCGCGACGUUUCAUCACGCUCCUUGACGCGUUGUACGAAGCGAAAUGCCGAGUGCUCAUAGAGGCAGAAGCACCGCCUGACAAGCUGUUCUUUCCUGAGAUGAGGGGAGCGCGAAAGGCCGGCAUCCAUGAUGAUAACCGCGAGGGUGGUAGGAGUGACCACAACGACGACGAGACCGACAGCAUAACGUCCGAGGCAUUUUCCGAAAUCUAUCAGGACUCGACGGCGCCGUUUCGCCCAAACGUGUCGAUUUACAAUGAAGGAAACACGAGGAGCUCCGAGCCGGAGGUGGCGUUCACAGCUAGUCUGAGAGACGUAUCGAGACGGAGCGUGCUCGCGGACGAGGAUGCGGAUUUCGGGCCAACCUACGGAAACGGGCGAGGGAGAGGCGUGGGUCGCGCUGAUGGACCGGAGGAGGCAAUGUUGAGGCAACAGCAAGCGUCCGGUCCAGACUUUACGACGGCCAGCGCCUUGACCGGCGAGGACGAGCGGUUCGCGUACAAACGAGCGCGCAGUCGUCUCUGGGAGAUGUGCGGUCGACGAUGGUGGGACCAAAGGGUCGCCGUGCCAGGUGAGGACGGAGAUGUGGCUGAUUGGUGGAGACCGAUAGGGCGGGAAGGGAGGACGUGGGAACGGUUCCGAGACGUGGAAGAAUUUAUGAGAGACCACCAGCAGCAGCAGCAGCAGGAGGAGGAGGCGGAGGGGCAGACGAGAUCUCGUGAAGGGCGAGACGCCGACUUGGAUGUAAAGACAGAUGCACUGUUCAGACAUGGUGCAUCACCUUUUCGGACUUCGACUUCCCCUCCGCCGAAAUUCGGAUGGCAACAUGCCUGGGGCAUGAUGAAAUGGGGAAAGAAGGCUGGAGACUGGGGACAUGGCGUCGAUGGGUUAACGAGGGACGGUGGUGGUGGUGGUGGUGGUGGUGGUGGUGGUGGUGGUGAAGAAAGGGACCAAGAAGAGAGAAGAAAGAAGCAAUGA